GCCAUGCUAUUAAGUAUUUUGAUUUAAGUUCUUUUCUUUCUAAGAGGUGGAAUAGAAUAACCCGGUUGAAGCGUAAUGAUCAUACGUCUGUAAUGCAUUGUAUGUCCCAUAAUAGGUCGUACUCUUCUACCCUUUACCGGGAGUCGAUGACUAUUCAUAGCUAUUACUUUGACAUCAAAGAAGAGUUCGACCCAAUGCUUUAUUUCUGUCCUAGUUGAUCCCGAUUCGACAUUAAAAGUAUAUUGAUUUUUCCCCAAUAACCGAAUACUUUUGUCUGUAAUACUGCAUAUUUUAUUCCAUUCAUAAAUCUAUUUUCUUCCCUAUGAGUUCUAGUCUCAAUUAAAAUACUAGUUUUGACUGUUCAUAUGUUAUGAUUUGAAUAUACCACAUCAAUUCGUUAUGUAUGGAUGAUGAGAUUCCAUUGAUACAGAGCCACUCGUUCUUUUUUCUCUGACAGAUGGUCAGAACUUCAUCUGGGUUCGAAUCCUACUGAUAGGUCUACUAGAGAUCAGAAAUUGUUGAAAAAAGAACAAAAGAAACAUCUUGCUUUUUCCAGGCGAUCGGAAAAGAAAGAAAUAGUGAAUUUAUUCAAGAUAAUUAUGUACUUACAAAAUACCGUCUCAAUUCAUCCUAUUUCAUCCUAUCGAGGAUGUGAUAUGGUUCCAAAGGGUGAACUGGACAGUUCCAAUAAGAUUUCAUUCUUGAACAAAAAUCCGAUAGACUUUUUGGAGGGAGGGUCCCAUUGGCGUGCAUCCAGUAGGAAUUGAACCUACGAAUUCGCCAAUUAUGAGUUGGGCGCUUUAACCAUUCAGCCAUGGAUGCUUAGCGGGAAUCCUCGUACAUGGUGAAUAACCAAAUUCCAAUUGAAGUGAAAUCUUUCGGAUAAAUCAAUGCAAUUAGGAGGAUUCGAUGAAAGGACAUCAAUUCAAAUCCUGGAUUUUCGAAUUGAGAGAGAUAUUGAGAGAAAUCAAGAAUUCUCGCUAUUUCUUAGAUUCAUGGACCCAAUUAAAUUCAGCGGGAUUUUUCAUUCAUAUUUUUUUCCAUCAAGAGAGUUUUAUAAAACUCUUGGACUCCCGAAUUUGGAGUAUCCUACUUUCACGCAAUUCACAGGGUUCAACAAGCAAUCGAUAUUUCACGAUCAAGUAUGUAGUACUCUUUGUAGUAGCGGUCCUUAUAUAUCGUAUUAACAAUCGAAAAAUGGUCGAAAGAAAAAAUCCCUAUUUGACAAGGCUUCUUCCUAUACCUAUGAAUUCCAUUGGACCCAAAAAUGAUACAUUGGAAGAAUCAUCUGAGUCUUCCAAUAUCAAUAGGUUGAUUGUUCCGCUCCUGUAUCUUCCAAAAGGAAAAAAGAUCUCUGAGAGUUCUUUCCUGGAUCCGAAAGAGAGUACUCGGGUUCUCCCAAUAACUAAAAAGUAUAUCAUGCCUGAAUUUAACUGGGGUUCGCGGUGGUGGAGGAACUGGAUAGGAAAAAAGAGCGAUUCUAGUUGUAAGAUAUCUAAUGAAACCAUCGCUGGAAUUGAGAUCUCAUUCACGAAAGAUAUCAAAUAUCUGGAGUUCCUUUUUGUAUAUUAUAUGGAUGAUCCGAUCCGUAAGGACCAUGAUUGGGAAUUUUUUGAUCGUCUUUCCCCGAGAAAGAGGCGAAACAUAAUCAACUUGAAUUCGGGACAGCUAUUCGAAAUCUUAGUGAAAGACUGGAUUUAUUAUCUCAUGUUUGCUUUUCGUGAAAAAAUACCAAAGGAAGUGGAGGGUUUCUUCAAACAACAAGGGACUGGGUCAAUUAUUCAAUCAAAUGAUAUUGAGCAUGUUUCGCAUCUCUUCUUGAGAAACAAGCGGGCUAUUUCUUUGCAAAAUUGUGCUCAAUUUCAUAUGUGGCAAUUCCGUCAAGAUCUCUUCGUUAGUUGGGGGAAGAGUCCGCACGAAUCGGAUUUUUUGAGGAACAUGUCACGAGAGAAUUGGAUUUGGUUAGACAAUGUGUGGUUGGGAAACAAGGAUCGGUUUUUUAGCAAGGUACGGAAUGUAUCAUCAAAUCUUCAAUAUGAUUCCACGAGAUCUAGUUUCAUUCAAGUAACGGAUUCUAGCCAAUUGAAAGGAUCUUCUGAUCAAUCCAAGGAUUCUUUCGAUUCCAUUAGGAAUGAGGAUUCGAAAUAUCACACAUUGAUCAAUCAAAGAGAGAUUCAACAACUAAAAGAAAGAUCGAUUCUUUGUUGGGAUCCUUCCUUUCUUCAAACGGAACGAACAGAGAUAGAAUCAGAGCGAUUCCUUAAAAUCCUUUCUGGAUAUUCCUCAAUGUGCCGACUAUUCAUGGAACGUGAGAAGCAGAUGAAUAAUCAUCUGCUUCCGGAAGAAAUCGAAGAAUUUCUUGGGAAUCCUGCAAGAGCCACUCGUUCUUUUUUCUCUGACAGAUGGUCAGAACUUCAUCUGGGUUCGAAUCCUACUGAUAGGUCUACUAGAGAUCAGAAAUUGUUGAAAAAAGAACAAAAGAAACAUCUUGCUUUUUCCAGGCGAUCGGAAAAGAAAGAAAUAGUGAAUUUAUUCAAGAUAAUUAUGUACUUACAAAAUACCGUCUCAAUUCAUCCUAUUUCAUCCUAUCGAGGAUGUGAUAUGGUUCCAAAGGGUGAACUGGACAGUUCCAAUAAGAUUUCAUUCUUGAACAAAAAUCCAUGGGGUUUAUUUCAUCUAUUCCAUGACCGGAACAGGGGGAGAUACACGUUACACCACGAUUUUGAAUCAGAAGAUAUAUUUCAAGAAAUGGCAGAUCUAUUCACUCUAUCAAUAACCGAGCCGGAUCUGGUGUAUCAUAAGGAAUUUUAUUUUUCUAUGGAUUCCUCCGGAUUGGAUCAAAAACAUUUCUUGAAUGAGUUAUUGAACUCCAGGGAUGAAUCGAAAAAGCACUCUUUAUUGGUUCUACCUCCUCUUUUUUAUGAAGAGAAUGAAUCUUUUUAUCGAAGGAUCAUAAAAAAAUGGGUCCAGACCUCUUGCGGAAAUAAUGUGGAAGAUCCAAAACCUAAAAUAGUUGUAUUUGCUAGCAACAACAUAAUGGAGGCAGUCAAUCAAUAUAGAUUGAUCCGAAAUCUGAUUCAAAUCCAAUAUAGCACCCAUGGUUACAUAAGAAAUGUAUUGAAUCGAUUCAAUUGCAACUUCGAAUAUGGAAUUCAAAGGUAUCAAAUAGGAAAUGAUACUCUGAAUCAUCGAACUAGAAUGAAAUACACGAUCAACCAACAUUUAUCAAAUUUGAAAAAGAGUCAGAAGAAAUGGUUCGAUCCUCUUAUUUUGAUUUCUCGAACGGAGAGAUCUAUGAAUUGGGAUCCUAAUGUAUAUAGAUACAAAUGGUCCAAUGGGAGCAAGAAUUUCCAGGAACAUUUGGACUAUUUCAUUUCUGAGCAGAAUAGCCGUUUUCAAGUAGUGUUCGAUCGAUUACAUAUUAAUCAAUAUUCGAUUGAUUGGUCUGAGGUUAUCGACAAAAAAGAUUUGUCUAAGUCACUUUGUUUAUUUUUGUCCAAGUUACUUCUUUUUUUGCCCAAGUUUCUUCUCUUGUCUAACUCACUUCCUUCUUUUUUCUUUGUGAGUUUUGGGGGUAUCCCCAUUCAUAGGUCCGAGAUCCACAUCUAUGAAUUGAAAGGUCCGAAUGAUCCACUCUGUAAUCAGUUAUUAGAAUCAAUAGGUCUUCAAAUCUUUCAUUUGAAAAAAAGGAAACCCUUCUUAUUGGAUGACCAAGAUACUUCCCAAAAAUCGAAAUUCUUGAUCAAUGGAGGAACAAUAUCACCAUUUUUGUUCAAUAAGAUACCAAAGUGGAUGAUUGACUCAUUCCAUACUAGAAAGAAUCGCAGGAAAUCUUUUGAUAACACAGAUUCCUAUUUCUCAAUGAUAUCCCACGAUCCAGACAAUUGGCUGAAUCCCGUGAAACCUUUUCAUAGAAGUUCAUUGAUAACUAUUUAUAAAGCAAAUCGACUUCGAUUCUUGAAUAAUCAAUAUAACUUCUGCUUCUAUUGUAACAAAAGAUUCCCUUUUUAUGUGGAAAAGGCCCGUAUCAAUAAUUCUGAUUUUACGUAUGGACAAUUCCUCAAAAUCUUGUUCAUUCGCAAAAAAAUCUUUUCUUUUUGCGAUGGUCAAAAAAAACAUGCUUUUUUGAAGAGAGAUACUAUUUCACCAAUCGAGUUACAGGUAUCUAACAUAUUGAUACCUAACGAUUUUCCGCAAAGUGGCGACGAAGGGUAUAACUUCUACAAAUCUUUCCAUUUUCCAAUUCGAUACGAUCCAUUCGUUCGUGGAGCUAUUUACUCGAUCGCAGACAUUUCUGGAACACCUCUAACAGAGGGACAAAUAGUCCAUUUUGAAAAAACUUAUUGUCAACCUCUUUCAGAUAUGAAUAUACCUGAUUCAGAAGGGAAGAACUUGUAUCAGUAUCUCAAUUUCAAUUCAAACAUGGGUUGGAUUCACACUCCAUGUUCUGAGAAAUAUUUCCCAUCCGAAAAAAGGAAAAAACGGAGUUCUUGUCUACAAAAAUGCCUUGAGAAAGGUCAGAUGUAUAGAACCUUUCAACAAGAUAGUGUUUUUUCAACUCUCUCAAAAUGGAAUCUAUUCCAAACAUAUAUACCAUGGUUCCUUACCUCGACGGGGUACAAAUAUCUAAAUUUCAUAUUUUUAGAUAUUUUUUCAGACCUAUUGCCGAUACUAAGUAGCAGCCAAAAAUUUGUAUCCAUUUUUCAUGAUAUUAUGCAUGGGUCAGAUAUAUUAUGGCGAAUUCGUCAGAUUCCAUUGUGUCUUCCACAAUGGAAUCUGAUAAGUGAGAUUCCGGGUAAUUGUUUCCAUAAUCUUCUUCUGUCCGAAGAAAUGACUCAUCGAAAUAAUGAGUUACUAUUGAUAUCGACACAUCUGAGAUCGCUAAAUGUUCAGGAGUUCUUCUAUUCAAUCCUUUUCCUUCUCCUUGUUGCUGGAUAUCUCGUUCGUACACAUCUUCUCUUUGUUUCUCGAGUCUAUAGUGAGUUACAGACAGAGUUCGAAAAGGUAAAAUCUUUGAUGAUUCCAUCAUACAUGAUUGAGUUGCGAAAACUUCUGGAUAGGUAUCCUACAUCUGAACUGAAUUCUUUCUGGUUAAAGAAUCUCUUUCUAGUUGCUCUGGAACAAUUAGGAGAUUCUCUAGAAGAAAUACGGAGUUUUGCUUUUGGUAGCAACAUGCUAUGGGGUGGUGGUCCCGCUUAUGGGGUCAAAUCCAUACGUUCUAAGAAUCAAUAUUGGAAUCUCAUCGAUCUCAUAAGUAUUAUACCAAAUCCCAUCAAUCGAAUCGCUUUUUCGAGAAAUACGAGACAUCUAAGUCAUCCAAGUAAAGCAAUCUAUUCCUUGAUAAGAAAAAUAAAAAACGUGAAUGGUGAUUGGAUUGAUGAUCAAAUAGAAUCCUGGGUCUCGAACACUGAUUCGAUUGAUGAUAAAGAAAAAGAAUUCUUGGUUCAGUUUUCUACCUUAACAACAGAAAAAAGGAUUGAUCAAAUUCUAUUGAGUCUUACUCAUAGUGAUCUUUUAUCAAAGAAUAACUCUGGUUAUCAAAUAAGUGAACAACCGGGAGCAAUUUACUUACGAUACUUAGUCGACAUUCAAAAAAAGUAUCUAAUGAUUUAUGAAUUCAAUACAUCCUGUUUAGUAGAAAGACGUAUAUUCCUUGCUAAUUAUCAGACAAUUACUUAUUCACAAACCUUGUGGGGGGCUAAUAGUUUUCAUUUCCCAUCUCAUGGAAAACCCUUUUCGCUCCGCUUAGCCCUACCUCCCCCUAGUAGGGGUAUUUUAGUGAUAGGUUCUAUAGGAACUGGACGAUCCUAUUUGGUCAAAUACUUAGCGACAAACUCCUAUGUUCCUUUCAUUACAGUAUUUCUGAACAUGUUCCUGGAUAACAAGCCUAAGGGUUUUCUUAUUGAUGAUAGUGACGAUAUUGAUGAUAGUGACGAUAGUGACGAUAUCAACCGUGACCUGUAUGUUUGA